CGUCUGGGGGCAGACGCGGCGCGGGUACGCGUGCGCAGUGCGCGGGCGGCCGUCGUGGGCGCCGCUCGGGCCAGCUCUGUGCUUGCCGGAGCCGGAGGAGCAGCGGCGGGGUGCUGCGGCCCAGGGCCGGGAGAAAGUUUUGCGCGAGGAGCGCGGGCGCACUGGAGCAGCGGGGGCGGGCCCGGCGCGAGGCGGCGGCGGCCCGGCUCCGGGAGCGUCGCGCCGGCUGAGGCGAGCGGAGAGGCGUCCGCGCGUCCGCCGAGGGGCCGACGGGCGCUGUGUAAUGUUCAAGCUCAGAAAUGCCUUAUGUGGAUCGUCAGAAUCGCAUUUGUGGUUUUCUAGACAUUGAAGAAAAUGAAAACAGUGGGAAAUUUCUUCGACGGUACUUCAUACUGGAUACCAGAGAAGAUAGUUUUGUAUGGUACAUGGAUAAUCCACAGAACCUACCUUCUGGAUCAUCACGUGUUGGAGCCAUUAAACUUACCUACAUUUCAAAGGUUAGCGAUGCAACUAAGCUAAGGCCAAAGGCAGAGUUCUGUUUUGUUAUGAAUGCAGGGAUGAGGAAAUACUUCUUACAAGCCAAUGAUCAGCAGGACCUUGUAGAAUGGAUAAAUGUGCUGAACAAAGCUAUAAAAAUUACAGUACCAAAGCCGUCAGACUCCCAGCCUCCUUCUGAAAGCCUGAGUCGCCAAGGUGAACAUCCAUGUGGGAAGAAGCAGGUGUCUUACAGAACUGAUAUUGUGGGUGGUGUACCCAUCAUUACACCAACUCAGAAAGAAGAAGUAAAUGAAUGUGGUGAAAGUAUUGACAGAAAUAAUUUGAAACGGUCCCAAAGCCAUCUUCCUUACUUUAGUCCUAAACCACCUCCAGAUAGUGCAAUUAUCAAAGCUGGAUAUUGUGUAAAACAAGGAGCAGUGAUGAAAAACUGGAAGAGAAGAUAUUUUCAAUUGGACGAAAACACAAUAGGCUACUUCAAGUCUGAACUGGAAAAGGAACCUCUCCGAUUAAUACCACUUAAAGAGGUUCAUAAAGUCCAGGAAUGUAAACAAAGUGACAUAAUGAUGAGGGACAACCUCUUUGAAAUUGUAACAACAUCUCGAACUUUCUACGUGCAGGCUGAUAGCCCCGAGGAGAUGCACAGCUGGAUUAAAGCUGUCUCUGGCGCUAUCGUGGCCCAGCGGGGACCUGGCAGAUCAGCUGCUUCUAUGCGGCAGGCCAGAAGGCUGUCGAAUCCUUGUAUACAGAGGUAUACAUCAAGGACGGGUGAAUGCGGCACGAGCACCCCCACUGUGCUUCAGAAGCCAAGUGUGCUUUCCGUCCUGCCAGUGCAGCAGCAGCCACCUCACAUUCCACAGCCUCUCGCAGCAACUCUUUGGUCUCAAGCUUUACCAUGGAGAAGCGAGGAUUUUACGAAUCUCUUGCCAAGGUCAAGCCAGGGAACUUCAAGGUCCAGACUGUCUCUCCAAGAGAGCCAGCUUCCAAAGUGACUGAGCAGUCUGUGCUAAAACCUCCACGUAAAGAUGGCCCUCAGGAAAACGAUUGCAACCCGGUGGACUUGGAUGACGCAAGCCUUCCAGUCAGUGAUGUUUAAAAAUGGAAGCGUGUGGAGACUGACCUACCCCAGAAAUCCCUUAGUUUCCCUUCCUGAGGCUUCUCGCCAAAGAUGAUAAAGGGUGAAGCGGUUUUUAAUGCAUAUGUUAUACUGCCUCUUAGAUGUACUUUUUAUAAGCUGGUAAACCAAGAAUCCAGGGAGUGGCCAAACUAAAUGUAAUUUCUUAAAAAAAAAAAAAAAAGAAGAAACAGAAACCUAUGUGUCUCAGUGUCAACUGUGAUGCCUUGUGUGCUCUCAUUUGGGUGAUGAAAAUGUGUGGUUUUUUUUCCUAGUGAAUUUGACAGUUUUAAUAACUUAAAACAUUAAAAAUGCUUAUUAGUUCUUUUGAUCAUUUUUAAAAUGCAACCAUGACUUCCUUUUAAAUGUUCAAUAUUUACACAUUCUUAGUAAUAUUAUCAAAUGAAAUAUUGCCAGACUAAGGGAUCUAAACUCAUGAUGUCUGUGGUGCUGUAAAAUUUAUACUACCAUGUGUCAGUUUUGAAAAUAACCUUUUUUGAUGCCCUGGAUCUCAAGGUGAGUGAUAAGUUUUGCAUAGAGGAUAUUAUUACACCAUUGGUUAUGGUUGUGGGUGAUAUUGGAGUAGAGAGGAGGGAAAAUUAGAAUUCAGACAACUGUAUCUUAGAUGUUUGUUUGAAAAAGCUCAAUCAGGACUUGUAGCAGUCAGGGCUUUUAAUUCACUGAAAAUUGUUAUUUGGUAUGAAAUUUUGGGGAGAUCUGAUUUUCUUAUAACAGUUUUGUAAAUAGAUCUUGUUUCUAUAUUUGGAUCAGUGAAAGACCUCAAGUUUAUAUGUAUAGACAUAAUUGAUAACUGCCCUUAGUCAUUCACUUGUGACCUGAUUUUUGUCACUAACAACCUAUAUUCAAGUGCCUGUGUUUUCUCAUCUUUGUUUUGAGAUAAAUGUGCUCUUAAGCCCUCAUAAUUAGUAUUAAACUUUGGGAUAAAAUUGAUUUUCAGUAGCAUAUUUGAAUGUGUUAGAUCGCAUCUUAUGUUAGAAAUACCAGAAUGUUGGUAUUCUACUUCCUGUGCAAUAUAUAUAUGUAAAAAAACAAAUUUGAGUAUAUGUUUAAUCAUGGGGUUUCAUAAAUUUAAGCACCUCUAAAGCAUACUUAGUUUCAGGUGUUGAAUAAAUAGAUCGGUCUGAGCAAGUACCAUUUCUGUAGGUUCAGUCUUAAAACAUUUGCGUUAAGAAAAGUCUUGAAUUUCACAUGCUGCUAUUUAUGAUAUUUUACCAUUUUUUCAGUACUGUUUUGUUUUGAACUCAAAUGUAUGACCUUUCUCCUUUUCAUUUUCUAAGUUGACUUCUUUUAUGAGGGUCUGGAGAGAAAUUUCCUACUACGACAGUGGGGGGAUCCAGAGGUUGAUAGCUAUUAUACUACAAUUACAUAGUAUCAGUUUAAAAAACCUCCAUUUAUAAAGAAUGCACCACUCAACUUUUUUAUUCAUAAGCUAAUAUUUUUAAAAAGUUGUAUUUAAGUUCUCUUUUGCAGCUACAUUUGAAAAUGAUAGAAGGUUUUAAGUAGUAGAUAGAAUCAGUAAUAAUGGCUUUUUUUUGAAGGUUUUUUUCUCAUGAUCACAUCUAAGAAAUCUUGUAUAGACACUUUGCAAUAUUCAGGAGCCUAAUGCUGGUUUUUGUUUUGUUUUGUUUUGUUUUGUUUUGGUACAGCUCUCACAUUGCAUGUUCAGUUUAGUAUAUUUGGUAUUUAGCAUAUUCAUGUUGACACAUUACUAGGUCUGUUUUGCAAAUUUUAUAAAACUACCCUUAUAUUCAAUAGCAUAGGAAAACAUUCUCGUGAUUGUCGGGGUCUCCUAAUAUUUAUCUCAUACUUUUAUAAUUCUAUGAAAAUUAUUUAAUUAUUUUAAAACUUAUACUUGUAAAUAAGUCACAUCUGAACUGUCAAAAAAUUACUUGGAUACCUUAUUAUUUGCUGCAGUUUUUCUGUAUAUAUACUUACAUCUAUAAAACAUGUCUUCUCUCUGAAUAGGAGUAUAUGUGUGCCUCCCAAUGUUUACUUUUAUGUCUGUUAUCUUUAUAUGUCAAACUGGUUGAACACUGUAAUGAUGAGAAUAAACUACUCAGAAUUAA